AUUUCAGAGGACAACGACGCAAGUGAACGUCCGGACAGCAGAACGCAGCUGAUCGGAAGGACGUCCCAAGAAUCGGUAGCCACAGACGCGGCGAGCCUUGAACACAGAAUGCAAGUCCUGGUUCACAAAUUGCGACGAAGCAUGUCAAAGAGGGAGGUUGAUGCUAGUCCACAAGCGUCCGUGACAUCUGACUGGGCAAUGUCGGCUUGGUCGUCUCGAGAAUCAGAAGGGAGCUGGCUGGAAGAUGGAACGACAUCCAGAGCGACUAUCUGAGAAGAUGUCUAAGACUGUCGGAAACUCGCGGCACUGCCGCGGUUCAGAAUAAUGAACCACAGACUAAGAGUUGAUGGGAAGUGGCUGCCAACGACGUCCAUUUUAACGUCGUCGCU